AUGAAUUUGAUUUAUUAUAAGUUGGUGUUGUUGGUGAAUGGUUGGUUGUUAGCGAGCGGGACGCCUGUCGCCAUGUUGCAGCAUGCCACAUCUUCGCAAAGCAUUGUGUUUCAUCAGCUUCAGGCGGCUCCGAUAGCACCAGUUACCGCACCAACUCCUGUUGUUCCAAGCAAUAGUGCUAGUCAUGCAAAGUACGAGUACAAAUAUGAAGUGUCGGACCAUCAAACGGGGGACAGAAAGAGUCACUGGGAGUCUCGGGAUGGUGACAAAGUACGGGGAGUGUAUACGUUGUAUGAACCUGAUGGAGCCCUGCGGACUGUCGAGUACACUGCUGAUGCCGUGCACGGGUUUAAUGCAGUAGUGAGGAGGAAUGAACCAAACAAUCACUCUCAUCUCAGUGCUGGGUACAAACAUGAGUCGCCCACUUCUACGCGUGACACUUAUGAUGAACCCAGUCCAGGGUACACAUCUGAAAGAGGCAUAUUCCCUGGCCAAGGCAGUGCACCAAGACGUCCAGGAAAGGCGAAUUCUUUUAACUCAGGUGUUGAUUUCAGCGUCGUACAUGGACAUUCGGAUAAAUCUUAUUAA